AUGUGCGCGUGUCGACAAAAGAAGGCGUCUUUUUUUAUAAAAGACAUCCUGUGCGAGGGGAAAGACGGAGUAGUCGAAAAUGGGAGAGCGAAAGAAGAGUUGCAGACGAGGUACAGCGAGUUAUCGGUGGUCCAGAGAGAAUUGGAAGCGACGAAAUUAGAUGUAAAUAUAGAACAAAGGCGGAAUACCUAUCCUAUAUACCCGACACCUAUAAAGCCGAGCUACCCCUGGUCGUAUAAGACGAAGGGCUUUGAGCAGAGGCCGUUAUACAGCGAGCCGAUUCUGAAUUCAGAAAUGCUACGCAGUCAAUUGUCGAUGAGUAGGUUCGGUGCGCCCGCGCCGUUCAGCUUACGCCCGCCCUACAGUUUUGAUAGAGUGCCAUGCUUCAGCCCAUGGUGGGGAAUGGCAGGUAGACGGAAAGGGGGGCAAGUAAGGUUCAGCGCAGCACAAACGGGAGCGCUAGAACGAAGGUUCAACGCCAACAAGUACCUAAGCCCUGACGAGAGAAGGGCUCUCGCUUCUUCUUUAAGACUGAGUGAUCGACAGGUGAAAACAUGGUUCCAAAACCGUCGUGCAAAAUGGCGACGAACCACAUUAGAAUGCGCAGACCUCGGCAGUUCAUCGAGUGUGCAAGAAGACUCUGAUGAUGACGUGCUAAUAUCAGACCCCUGA